GAGAGGGCAGCACUGUAUUGACACACAGGUUAGAUUAAUGUCGUUACAAAGCCAGCACCGAUGUUUAUAUAGAUAAGACUUGGCGUGUGCUGCCAUUUGGGAUCCAUAACAGGGUGUUCUUAUUUAGCAGAAGGUGCGAGAAAAUACCACAACUUAUUUUUCUGGCUUUUAAGUCCGACGUGAGACAUGAGGAAAUACGGGGAGGAAUGGAGAGUAGAUUCAGUGUUUUGAACGACACCGAAGACCUCCAAGCACGAAUUUCAAACGCUGAGAACAAUCUCCACUUCGAAAGGUCCAAGACGCUUUUUGAAGAAAUACGUGCCACCAUAAAUAACAACGACGAAGAGGACCGCUCCUUCUGGAGGCCUGUACUCCCUUGGGGAGGCGUCUUUACCAUUAAGGCAGGACGAAAAGCCAUAUCAUGCACGCCUCUGUACGUGGAAAUCCAAUUAAAAAACACCUGCACCAUCGAUGGCUUCCUCAUGAUCCUAUAUGUGAUUCUGCGGGACAAUCAGGGCUUUCGCAGGGAGCUGGCAGUCUUCCUGGGCAAGCAGUUUGUGGAGCAUUUCCUCUACCUGAUGGACUCCUGUGACUGCACCACGGUGAAGAUGCUGUGGAUCUGGGACAGAAUGUCCAAACGGCAAUAUCGCUCUGAGAUCCACCAGUCAGCACUGGAGAUCGACCUGUUUGGCAAUGAGCACCAAAACUUUACAGAAAACCUAGAAAACCUGAUGUCUACCAUGCAGGAGAGCUUGUGCACCAACUGGAGCUGUCCAGUCCGCUUUCAGGAUUGCCUCAAAAGUACCAUCAACAUCAGUCCUCCUCACGAGCUUCCUCACAGAGACCCAAUUCAGUCAGCUGUGGAUGAGUUCUUCUGCCCCAAGCUCCUGCUCUGCUCAGAAAUUGGAUGUGAUGGCCUAAGGGAGUUCUCUCAGAGGGUUUUCUGCUAUGGACCUCCACCCUUUGUUAUCCUCAACAUGCAGCAGUGGAAGUCAGAGGAGCUGUCCUACGUCCCUUACCAUCUGGCUCUCUGUCAGCACAGGUACACACUUGAGGGCGCAACGCUGUUCAACAAGGAGGAGCAUCACUACUCUGCAGCCUUCCAGAUAGACGGUUGCUGGAUGCACUAUGACGGUCUGAGGAAUGAUAAUCUGAUAUUGUUACACAAACCCCCAGAGCUCCUGCUGCUGUCCUCUCUGGUCUACAUCCGCACCUCUGACAAGUGAACUCAUCGUUUCUCAGGUGGACAUGAAGUAUCAGCGAGAACCAGAGUGACUGCAUUCGUCCGUUUUUGUUUGGUUUUUUUGUUUGUUUUUUUUGUUUUUUUCUCUUUUGUUUUUAUUGUUUUGUCAUUACAGUAUCGCUGUGCUUUUUUUCUUAACGCAUCAUUAGUAGUUUUAAUUCCUGUCCUGAGGUAGCUUUCCCUCAUUUCAGCUGAAUGCUUGCUAAAAGCUUACUGUCCAAAAUGAAAAUUACGUCUUUUCGGGCACACUUGGAAUCCAAGAAUAUAAUGGACUAUAAUAGUUCUAGGUUGAUAUAUAUGAACGAUAAUACCAGUCAGUACUGUGUUUCAUAUACAUGCGCAGUUAAUCCAGGAGGAUUAGUAGGUGAAACUGGCCUGUAGAAAUUGCUAUUUGAGUUGAUAUUGACAUUUAUUUACCUUUUUCCAACAAAAAUCCAGAAAGUGUUUUACUUGUAUGCUUGGUUUACAGAACAGCAUUAAAUUUACUCGAUGGCCUGCUGUGCAUCUUACCAGAAAUGUAACCAGAUGUUGCAGCGAUGCAGACAUCAACAACUGCAAUGCAUCUGUUUGGCAGUACUAUUCCAUACUAACCACAGUAUAUUGGUUAGCACUUAGCACAAGGAUAAUGACACAGAGGAUGCAAUUGUAUCUAGUUUAGUCAUUAUGCCAAAGAAGUCGCCAGUAUUCAGCAAAUAUACACGGAUGCAGUUUUUCCUGUUCUCGUAGCUUUGAAUCUACUCACACGGAUUCAUUUCUCGAGUCUAUUUCCUGUGUUUCGGUAAAAAUAAUCGUUCAAGAUUUAUUAGCUUCAAGUCCAACAUGAUUAGCUGUGUUUCAUUCCCACUGCAGACACACCAGUGCACAAAUGCAUCACCUGCUUCAACAAAUGUUCUACAGGGAUUCAAAGCAGUACUAUAAAUUAAGCUUAAAUUUAUGCAUUUUAACCUUUUCCUAAAAUUAAACUGGUGCUUUCUCCAUUUACACUGUGGUCUGAGGGAAAAUGGCUAAGUCAAGCCCAUGUCAUGGGAGCAAUUUAGGUGAUUAAAUUGCAGUUAAGCAUUUGCUGCAAUAGGUGAAUAUAAAAAAAAAUAUAUUAAAUUCUUAUGCUGAUUUCAAAAGAAGGCUGAAAUUACACUACAAGCUGACCUGGCAUCCAUGUGGGGGGGGGGGGGGGGUCUUGUCAAAGCAUUACUGUUGUCACGCAGUGCCUCAAGGAAAGUUUAACAUGAAUACCAUGAAGAGUUAAUUCUUGCUCAAGGUUCGUUUAUAAAUGGCUGUUUUGGUUUUUUCUACACUGUCUUUACAAU